CUGUGAAAUCUGUGGACUCUCUUCUCUCUCUCUCUCUCGUGAUAGAGGAAGAAGGCGACAGAGUAUUAGAGAGAGAAGGCUCUGACUCAUUUUAGCAUGCGGUCCCCAUGAAACUGUUCACUUCUUUUCAGAAGAGCUAAAUUACUCACUACUUCCUUCUCUCUUCCUGCAUACCUUAAUUCCGACUCAGGAUUUUGAAUUUUGGUCGCUCAAUUCUCAGCUUAUGGAGGGCUGAAAUGCUCGUUUUCUCGAUUUUAUUGUGGGUUGUGGAAUUCAAUUUUCCAGCUGGUUAUCUAACCACUUAUUUGCUAACGACCUUUGGGGGGGUUUCAAAACUGCAUAGCGAAGUUGGAAUUGUUUAAUAAGAGUGAAGGCGAUGGAAUGUGGAGAUGAAUUUGAUGCAGAAAAUGAAACUACUAGGGGAAGUAUGUGGGUUUUGGACCAGAAGCUUGAUCAGCCUAUGGAUGAGGAGGCUGGAAGGAUUAAAAAUAUGUAUAGAGAGAAGAAAUUCUCGGCACUUUUGCUGUUAAGGCUUGCAUUCCAGAGCCUCGGAGUGGUUUAUGGAGACUUGGGAACAUCGCCCUUAUAUGUGUUCUAUAACACUUUUCCUCAUGGAAUUGAAGAUCCGGAGGAUAUUGUUGGUGCACUUUCAUUGAUUAUUUACUCCCUUACGCUGAUACCUCUGCUUAAAUAUGUGUUCAUUGUGUGUAAAGCAAAUGACAAUGGUCAAGGAGGAACGCUUGCUCUUUAUUCUUUACUCUGUCGACAUGCUAAAGUCAAAACAAUUCCCAACCAACAUCGGACUGAUGAGGACCUUACAACAUACAGUCGAAGCACAUUCCAUGAACAUUCACUUGCCGCAAAAACCAAGAGAUGGCUGGAAGCCCAUGCAUUUAGAAGGAAAGCCCUUCUUAUUUUAGUACUUGUUGGGAACUGCAUGGUGAUUGGAGAUGGGAUUCUCACCCCUGCAAUUUCUGUUCUCUCAGCUUCUGGUGGGAUCAAGGUGAAUCAUCCGAAGAUGAGCAGUGAUGUGGUUGUGCUUGUUUCGGUUGUCAUAUUGGUUUGCUUGUUCAGCGUGCAACACUAUGGCACAGAUAAAGUUGGCUGGCUUUUUGCUCCAAUUGUGCUGCUGUGGUUUGUCAUGAUUGGAGGCAUUGGCAUCUUCAAUAUAUAUAAGUAUGACAGCUCAGUUUUGAGAGCCUUUUCUCCUGUGUACAUAUAUCGCUACUUAAGAAGUGGAAGAGGGGAAGGUUGGACAUCCCUUGGGGGGAUUAUGCUAAGUAUCACAGGGACAGAAGCACUUUUUGCUGAUCUUGCCCAUUUUCCACUUUCUGCUAUACAGAUUGCUUUUACGACAGUUGUGUUUCCUUGCCUUCUACUUGCUUAUUCUGGGCAAGCAGCAUACCUAAUGGAAAACAAAGACCAUGUGAUAGAUGCCUUUUACCGGUCAAUUCCAGAAAGAGUGUACUGGCCAAUGUUUAUUAUUGCAACUUUAGCUGCUAUUGUUGCUAGUCAAGCUUCCAUAUCGGCUACUUUUUCAAUAAUAAAACAGGCCCUUGCAUUAGGAUGUUUCCCAAGGGUCAAUGUUGUACAUACAUCAAAAAAGUUCCUCGGGCAGAUUUAUGUUCCUGACAUGAAUUGGAUCCUAAUGCUUCUGUGUAUUGCUGUUACUGCCGGAUUCAGAAAUCAAAGUCAAAUUGGCAAUGCUUACGGUACAGCAGUUGUGAUUGUUAUGCUCGUGACGACUCUCCUGAUGAUCCUUAUAAUGUUACUAGUUUGGCACUGCCACUGGAUGCUGGUUCUACUGUUUGCGUUCCUUUCUCUAGUCGUGGAGUGUACAUAUUUCUCAGCUGUGCUUCUCAAGGUCAAUCAAGGUGGUUGGGUGCCACUUGUGAUAGCUUCUGCCUUUCUAGUUAUCAUGUGUGUCUGGCACUAUGGUACUGUUAAAAGAUAUGAGUUUGAGAUGCAUAGUAAGGUAUCUAUGGCUUGGAUUUUGGGGCUCGGUCCUAGCUUAGGAUUGGUCCGUGUGCCUGGAAUUGGACUUGUGUACACCGAACUAGCCAGUGGCGUGCCUCAUAUCUUCUCACACUUCAUCACGAACCUCCCAGCUAUACACUCAGUGGUAGUAUUUGUGUGUGUGAAGUACCUUCCAGUGUACACAGUCCCAGAAGAAGAAAGGUUUCUCGUGAAACGCAUCGGCCCCAAAAACUUCCACAUAUUCCGUUGUGUGGCAAGAUAUGGCUACAAGGACCUUCACAAGAAAGAUGAAGAUUUCGAGAAGAAGCUAUUCGACAGUCUGUUCAUGUUUGUUCGGCUCGAGUCCAUGAUGGAAGGCUGCUCCGGUUCUGAUGACUACAGCUUGUAUGGACAGCAGAUGGGUGCAUCCACAUCAGACUGUGACCUUACAUUCUCAUCAGUCGAGUCCAUUGUCCCUGCUAGGUCCCAAACACAGAUAAGCAACACGAUCAGUUCAACAAUUGCAGAUAUAGAAGAGGAUGAACUGGAGUUCCUGAGUAAAUGUAGGGAUGCAGGGGUGGUUCAUAUCAUGGGAAACACUGUUAUUAGAGCAAGAAGGGAGUCUAGGAUAUACAAGAAAAUUGCUAUUGAUUAUAUAUAUGCUUUCCUUCGAAAGAUUUGCAGGGGAAAUAGUGUAAUUUUCAAUGUACCUCAUGAAAGUCUGUUGAGUGUUGGGCAGAUUUUCUUUGUAUAGAUACACAAAAUGACUUCAUAGUUCAAGCUUUGCUGAUAUGGCUACUCUAUUUCAUUUCA